AUGUCACUGUGCUGUAAACCCUAUGUCACUGUGAUCCCCACUGAACGGCGUGUUGGGGCGCGACCUCUCUCUUCCAGGCUACCAGCUGUGUGACAACAGCGUCGGCGUGUUGUUUAACGACUGUACCAGGAUGAUCAUGUACGCUGACGGAGACAGUCUUCAGUACAUCGACAAGAUGGCCGCUGAGAGCUACCUCAGCGUCCGCUCCUACCCAGCUACGCUAUCCAAGAAGGUUAGCGAUCGCUGCUAGGGGUUCUCUAUGGCUGUGGCUAGCAUCAGGCUAACGUGCAGAUAGCGUUGGGAGAAUGUCCUUAGCCUCUGGUCAUCCCUCCCUAGAGCACGUUGUUGAAAGGGUUAGAACCUAGCUGACCUGUGACCCCUGACCUCUGCCCUCCCUAGAGCACGUUGUUGAAAGGGUUAGAACCUAGCUGACCUGUGACCCCUGACCUCUGCCCUCCCUAGAGCACGUUGUUGAAAGGGUUAGAACCUAGCUGACCUGUGACCCCUGACCUCUGCCCUCCCUAGAUCACGUUGUUGAAAGGGUUAGAACCUAGCUGACCUGUGACCCCUGACCUCUGCCCUCCCUAGAGCACGUUGUUGAAAGGGUUAGAACCUAGCUGACCUGUGACCCCUGACCUCUGCCCUCCCUAGAGCACGUUGUUGAAAGGGUUAGAACCUAGCUGACCUGUGACCCCUGACCUCUGCCCUCCCUAGAUCACGUUGUUGAAGUACUUCCGUAACUACAUGUCUGUUAAAGGGUUAGAACCUAGCUGACCUGUGACCCCUGACCUCUGCCCUCCCUAGAGCACGUUGUUGAAGUACUUCCGUAACUACAUGUCUGUUAAAGGGUUAGAACCUAGCUGACCUGUGACCCCUGACCUCUGCCCUCCCUAGAUCACGUUGUUGAAGUACUUCCGUAACUACAUGUCUGUUAAAGGGUUAGAACCUAGCUGACCUGUGACCCUGACCUCUGCCCUCCCUAGAUCACGUUGUUGAAGUACUUCCGUAACUACAUGUCUGUUAAAGGGUUAGAACCUAGCUGACCUGUGACCCCUGACCUCUGCCCUCCCUAGAUCACGUUGUUGAAGUACUUCCGUAACUACAUGUCUGUUAAAGGGUUAGAACCUAGCUGACCUGUGACCCCUGACCUCUGCCCUCCCUAGAGCACGUUGUUGAAAGGGUUAGAACCUAGCUGACCUGUGACCCCUGACCUCUGCCCUCCCUAGAGCACGUUGUUGAAAGGGUUAGAACCUAGCUGACCUGUGACCCCUGACCUCUGCCCUCCCUAGAGCACGUUGUUGAAAGGGUUAGAACCUAGCUGACCUGUGACCCCUGACCUCUGCCCUCCCUAGAGCACGUUGUUGAAAGGGUUAGAACCUAGCUGACCUGUGACCCCUGACCUCUGCCCUCCCUAGAGCACGUUGUUGAAAGGGUUAGAACCUAGCUGACCUGUGACCCCUGACCUCUGCCCUCCCUAGAUCACGUUGUUGAAAGGGUUAGAACCUAGCUGACCUGUGACCCCUGACCUCUGCCCUCCCUAGAUCACGUUGUUGAAAGGGUUAGAACCUAGCUGACCUGUGACCCCUGACCUCUGCCCUCCCUAGAGCACGUUGUUGAAAGGGUUAGAACCUAGCUGACCUGUGACCCCUGACCUCUGCCCUCCCUAGAUCACGUUGUUGAAGUACUUCCGUAACUACAUGUCUGUUAAAGGGUUAGAACCUAGCUGACCUGUGACCCCUGACCUCUGCCCUCCCUAGAGCACGUUGUUGAAGUACUUCCGUAACUACAUGUCUGUUAAAGGGUUAGAACCUAGCUGACCUGUGACCCCUGACCUCUGCCCUCCCUAGAUCACGUUGUUGAAGUACUUCCGUAACUACAUGUCUGUUAAAGGGUUAGAACCUAGCUGACCUGUGACCCCUGACCUCUGCCCUCCCUAGAUCACGUUGUUGAAGUACUUCCGUAACUACAUGUCUGUUAAAGGGUUAGAACCUAGCUGACCUGUGACCCCUGACCUCUGCCCUCCCUAGAGCACGUUGUUGAAAGGGUUAGAACCUAGCUGACCUGUGACCUCUGCCCUCCCUAGAGCACGUUGUUGAAAGGGUUAGAACCUAGCUGACCUGUGACCCCUGACCUCUGCCCUCCCUAGAGCACGUUGUUGAAAGGGUUAGAACCUAGCUGACCUGUGACCCCUGACCUCUGCCCUCCCUAGAGCACGUUGUUGAAAGGGUUAGAACCUAGCUGACCUGUGACCCCUGACCUCUGCCCUCCCUAGAGCACGUUGUUGAAAGGGUUAGAACCUAGCUGACCUGUGACCUCUGACCUCUGCCCUCCCUAGAGCACGUUGUUGAAAGGGUUAGAACCUAGCUGACCUGUGACCCCUGACCUCUGCCCUCCCUAGAGCACGUUUGUUGAAAGGGUUAGAACCUAGCUGACCUGUGACCCCUGACCUCUGCCCUCCCUAGAGCACGUUGUUGAAAGGGUUAGAACCUAGCUGACCUGUGACCCCUGACCUCUGCCCUCCCUAGAGCACGUUGUUGAAGUACUUCCGUAACUACAUGUCUGUUAAAGGGUUAGAACCUAGCUGACCUGUAACCCCUGACCUCUGCCCUCCCUAGAGCACGUUGUUGAAGUACUUCCGUAACUACAUGUCUGUUAAAGGGUUAGAACCUAGCUGACCUGUGACCCCUGACCUCUGCCCUCCCUAGAGCACGUUGUUGAAGUACUUCUUUAACUACAUGUCUGUUAAAGAGUUAGAACCUAGCUGACCUGUGACCCCUGACCUCUGCCCUCCCUAGAUCACGUUGUUGAAGUACUUCUUUAACUACAUGUCUGUUAAAGAGUUAGAACCUAGCUGACCUGUGACCCCUGACCUCUGCCCUCCCUAGAGCACGUUGUUGAAGUACUUCUUUAACUACAUGUCUGUUAAAGAGUUAGAACCUAGCUGACCUGUGACCCCUGACCUCUGCCCUCCCUAGAUCACGUUGUUGAAGUACUUCCGUAACUACAUGUCGGAGCACCUUCUGAAGGCGGGCGCCAACAUCACGCCUCGUGACGGAGACGAGCUGGCCCGCCUGCCCUACCUCAGCCACUGGUUCAGAACCAAGUCAGCCAUCGUCCUCCACCUCACCAACGGCACCGUGCAGAUCAACUUCUUCCAGGUUCUCCUCCUCCCCUCUCUCUCUCCCUCGCUCUGUCUCUCGCUCUGUCUCUCGCUCUGUCUCUCGCUCUGUCUCUCGCUCUGUCUCUCGCUCUGUCUCUCGCUCUGUCUCUCGCUCUCUCUGUCUCUCUCUCUCUCUCUCUCUACCCAGUGUGAGUUUAGUCUUAUCUAUGUCCCCUGUCUUCUAUAGGACCACACCAAGUUGAUCCUGUGUCCUCUGAUGGGUGCGGUGUCCUUCAUCGACGAGAAGAGAGAGUUCCGGACCUAUAAGAUGUCUCUGAUUGAGGAGUUUGGCUGCUGUAAGGAGCUGGCCAGCAGGAUGAGAUACGCUCGGCUGAUGGUGGAGAAACUGCUGGCCUGCAAGUCCUCCACGCCCCGCUAA